UUUCACUGGUUGUUUAUGAGGACCUAUAUUUUCUUAACUAGUGUUAUUUUAACGAUAUGUUUCUGUACAGUGUUCUUUUUUUUAGAAAAAACAAAACAAAUAAAUAUAUCUAACAUGGAUGUGUACAAAAUUAUUAUUCUUUCCUUCUUAAAGAGCUGCUGGACAGCUCCGAUUGAUAAUACUGUUGGUGCCAGUAUUGAUAUAGAUGUAACAAGCCUGACGUUUCUAAAAGAUAAAGGCUACUUGCAAGCAUUUGAUAAAAAUAUUGGACAAAUUCAAAGUCAAAAAAGCAUCCAAGAUGCGAUAAGAAGAUUCCAAGAGUAUGCAAAUCUUAAAGUCACUGGGAAAAUGGAUACCGAAACAAAAACCUACAUGAAAUUACCCCGAUGUGGUAUGCCUGACAUCACACAACAUUUUUCUGUGAAAAGAAAAAGAAGAUUUACAAAGCAAGGAACUCACUGGAGAAACACUACAAUAACUUGGGCAUUGGAAAAUAAUAAUGACGAUGGAAUUCCAUUUCAAACAGUGAGAGAUGUUAUGCAAAAAUCAUUUCAAAAAUGGCAUGAUGUAUCCCCAUUAACUUUUAUUGAGCUGGUCAACAAACCUAAAAAUACUGCACAAAUUCGUGUUUUGUUUACACGAGGUACUCAUGGUGAUCCCUAUCCAUUCGACGGAAGGGGUGGCACAUUAGCACAUGCUUUUUAUCCACACAACAAUGCAGGUCUUUCUGGAGAUGUCCAUUUUGAUGACGACGAAGUGUAUACAGCGAAAAGUAACGAAGAUCGUACGAAGAGGAAACUUCUUUGGGUUGCAGUGCAUGAGCUUGGUCACUCCAUCGGAUUGGAACAUUCAAGUAUAAAGGGUGCCGUGAUGUAUCCAUGGUAUCAACAUUUCGAAGGGAGUGAUUUUGACUUAACUUAUGAUGAUAUCAGUGGUAUUCAAAGCAUUUAUGGAUCUCCACCAGCCUCAAGAACAACAACGACGACAACUAAGAAGGGCGUUACUUUAAUUACAAAGCCGCCCACCAAAUCAACUGCUUCUACGCCCCCGUCAAAGGUUUGCACAGAAAGAGUUGGUGCCGUCUUGCUUGGUAAAGAUAACAGGAUAUAUAUAAUGAACAAAGAUAAGUUGUAUAUACUAAACAGGGAACAGGACGGCAUGGGAAUAAAAGAAGGACCGAAGCCUGUGUCAGACGUCUUUGAUUCAGUAACCUACGUUGAUGCUGUUUUUAGGCGACCCAGUGAUCAAGCGAUUGUUCUUUUUCAUGGCGACAAGUUCAGUGUUUACAGUAGCACCAAAUUGAUUUAUAAGGACAGAAAAAUCUCAGACGGUUUUCAAAAAUUAGAAAAUGGUUUUGGUAAUAUUGAUGCCGCUUUUGUACUGUCGCUUAAUCAAAAAUUGUAUAUUUUUAAAGGAGAAAAUUAUUAUCGAUUCAGUAUAUUGAGUAAUAACGAUUACAUAUUGGAUAAUGGCUACCCACAGCGUAUUUCUUCAAAAUGGCGCGGUUUACCAAGUUCCAUUGAUGCUGUGUUUGAAUGGAGCAACAAACAAAUCUAUUUUUUUAAAGAUAAAUAUUACUACAGGUGGGAUAAAAGGCGGUUUCAAGUCGAACGAGGCUAUCCGGUAAAAACAUCAGAAAGCUUCCUUAAAUGUUCAAGCAGCUUGCGUACACAAAAACUAACGGACAGCAAGUCUGCAAGUGGUGGUAAAAACCUAAGUACUGUUUACACUACGGUAUUUCUGCUAAUCGUGGUGUACAUUUUAAAGGCUUAGUUAUAUUGAAAGAAUAUGGUGUACGCUACAUGCUGGAGCGAAUUAUCCAUAAUCCAAACAGUGUGACACAACAAACUUCACAUGGAAUACCCAUAAAUGCUGUGCCCGUUGUUCAACAUUUCGUGUGUUGGUUACAUCACAUCAAUGCAAGUUAUGGAGAAGUCAAGGGUUAUGAAUCCAUUGUACUGAUACCGAUAUGUUUUAUAAAAAGGUUUUAUUUCGUGAGUGUGAACACAGAUUAAGUAGAUAUAAUCGGUUAUUAUUAUUUUAAGUUAAAAUUUUGAAUUUGUGCGAAUUUAAUGGUGAGUACCAGGAGUUGGUUAGCUAUACUAGCUUCUCGCCCAUAAUUUAUAAUUUUUUUUAUUUUUUAUAAAUACUUUUUAUCGAAGAUGAAUUCUACGUGUCUAAAAACACGAUUGUACUGUUUUAUUAUUUCCCAUGCAAGGGGAAGAAGCAAAAUGUCAAUUCGUCGGAUUAUUAAAUUUAAAAAGUGACGAAAAUUUUGCGAUGUGACGAAACUUUUGUAGGUGUGUAUUCCUUUAACCAACAUGUUUUUACAACUUAUAAAGUCGUACCAAGGAAAAUAAUUUUUGCAAAGUUUUAGUAAAAAAUAAUUCCUAUUUUUUCAUUGAAAUUGAAUUUUUCGAAUUUCGCGGAAAGAAAAGGUGACAUUGUUUUCCUUGAUAUAUCCCGCUUUCCAGGGCUUAUCUGUAAGAGAGAAUAAAGAGUGCUAAAGUUGAAACUUACAUCAUUUUACUAAAAUUUAUGGUCAAACAGUUUUAGGCGUAACGCAACCCACAAUGCAAAAAUAAACGCACUAUCGGUGGUCGUAAAAAAAGAACAAGGUGUGUACACCAUGAUUUAACUUUCAAACCCCUUUUUGUAUUUUGUUUUUUAUAUCAAAACAUAAGAUAACUAGACAUAUUUAUUAAGUUGUAAUAUUACUCAUUUUUUUAUAAUCUUUGUAUAUGUUUUUUUAUAUUUCCUUUAUUUAUUAAAAAAAAAGGAUUUUUUCUUUGGAACUGUUGCACUUUUAUUAUAAGUUAGAAUUGUUCUGUUUUAUUAUUACUAAGCAGACCCCUAAAAACUUGAGCAUGGUUUUUUUUCGGCAUCACUCAAUUAUGACAGAAUAUUAAUCUUUUUAUUUUGUCUCCAUCUCCCGGUUAUUUUGUAUUUAUCUCCCAGCUAUUUUGUCUCCACCUCCCAGCUUGUAUUAUAUUAUUAUAUUACUAAUUAAUUUUGGUAUCUUUUGUAGAUAUUUUAUUAAGUUGUGUUUAUUUAUCAGAAUUACUCUCGCAGUUAACAA